UCAGGAUCAGGACCUCAGUUGCUGCCAUGUAUGUCGUGUGGUCAUCAGCCUCCGUGGUCCUGGCCGUCCUGACAGCGGUCCUCGCAGUCCCGGGUCCGCAGUUCUCCGUGCCAAGUCUGUUGUGGUACCCGGUGCCGCUGCUGCAGACGGCUGACUCAGUGCCAGUGGCAGCGACUGUGCCAAUGCUAAUGCCAAUGCCAAUGCCAGCGACAGCCAGGAAGGUGAUCGCCCCAGCAGCCAGCGCACCUGUGGCUGACAACACCCUCGGAGUUACUGUCGCCAAGCAAAGGAAUCCUGGGUGUCCAUACUGCGACUCCAGUGUCUAUCCUUACUGCAGCGACAAACUAUUGCACGACGCCUGCUGCUGCCUCAAUCCUUACGAUCAAGGAGGACUGCCCCCGCAGUGUCAGUUGGCCGACUGCAGCUUCCUACACGCCAACAGUUGCAAGGAACACAGACUGAUCACUCGCUGUUGCUGUGACCGACUACUCUAUAUCAAGAGAUGAC